AAAAACACAACGCCAAGAAUCAUGUGGAAAAGCUUCCAUCAUUGCUUCCCAUCAAAUCUCAAUAAUCCCUCCUCAUCUCCGUCGGACGCCGCCGCCUCCGACGACGAUCCCAACCGUCCAUCCAUUCUUCUCAUCAACAACUUCAACCUCCUCUACAGCGACUCCUCCCCCACUGACCGCCCCAUAUCCAAGCGCCUCAUCGACGCCGAACCUUCCUCCACCACGACAUUCACUGCCUCGACCUCCACCGCCGCUUAUUCUUCUUCCGCGUCCUUCGAUGAAUCCGAUGAUUACGAUUUUACCCCUGAACACUCUCCCCCUCCUGACUUAACCUCCGUUCUCGCCUCCAGUCGCUUCUUCGUCUCUUCCCCUGGCCGUUCUAACUUAAUCACCGACUCGCCGGAUCUCCGUCCCCGGUUUAACUACGAAACUGCCACUGCCACGACUACUACUAGGCUUCUCACUGGAGGAACCGCCGUGAAACAAUACGUGCAAUCUCCUGAUCCUUACAACGACUUCAGGCGAUCGAUGCAGGAGAUGCUUGACGCCGUUACAGACGCAGGAGAUGUUCGCCGUUACGAGUUCUUGCACGAACUGUUACUCAGUUACCUCUCAUUGAAUGCAGCAGAUACACAUAAGUUCAUUAUCAGAGCUUUCGCCGACAUUCUCGUCUCUCUCUUAUCGGACGGUCACCGGACAAGCUGACGUGGGAUGUUUUCAUGCUAUGUAGUAAAAAAAGUAAUGUAUGUUUUUUUUGGGAUUAACGCUUUAGGACAAAAAAAUAUGUUAAUGUAAUUAUUGUGUAAUGAUACGAGAAAAUCGAGAGAGGCGUGGGGUUUUGUCUCGAUCGCAUGCAGUUAGAUUUGUUUUAAACCUUUUAAAAUAAAACAUGUAUUGUGAAACCUCAUUGUGGAUUUAUCGUUUUCAUCUGAAAUUUUGAUACUCGUUUUAUCAUUUUGAAGUGAUAAAAUUUUCGCCAGGUGCAAGUGCCAUGACAAACAAAGAAAACUAUGUCGACUGACAAUUGGUACUAUUUCAUCUGUCCUAACGUAUCAAUUAUAUAUAGAAUCUAAAAAAAAAUAGAUUGACUUUCUUAUGUUUUUCGUGCUGUUUUCACUUACAUUCACAUCGACACAAGAACUAAAAUGGACAUAUAUAUGAUAAGUUUUACAUAGAGUUUUUUUUUUUUUUAUUCAUGAUUUGUAAAUUGUAGGUUGGAUAAAAAUAUCACCAGUUUUUUCAAUACGGUGGUUUAGUGCUAUCAUGGCGAUAGACAUAUCUCAUAGCUAGACGAACCAUACAGUAGCAUAAUAAACACGAGUUCGACCAAUAAGAUGACCGUGAUUGUGAAAUUGGAACUUCUCGUAAUUUAAAUAAAAUUUUGUAUAAGUUUCUUGUUCUGCAAUUGAACGAGGCAAAUGAAAUGCGUCCAAAAAAUUAUAUGAAUAAUAAAACUUGAACAUGAAUGUUGGACAAGGUUGAGUGGAUAUAGUAUAUAGAAUGACUCCAAACCACGUCUUAAGGCAUCGAGAGACUCUUGUCGCAUAAAGGCGCGUAUUAUAUUAUUAAGACUUAUUUAGUGAAAUAGAGUAGCUUAAUUUUUGUUCAUAAAAUACUAAGAUUUGGAUAUAUCUAAAUAUAAAGAUGUGGAAUCACCAUAGCCUAUUGGUUAAGGUUUAAAAGCUUCUACACCUAGGUCUGGGGUUCGAAUCCCAGACUAUGCAAUUUAUUGCAGAUUACAAGAAAUCCAGGUUUCAAGUCCCGGAGAAAGUGUUUUAUUAAACAAUUAUGCAGACUACAUAGGAAAAGCUUGCAAGAGAUCUUCAACAUGGUGCAAGUAAAUCUGGUCAGGCGGGGAUCUUCAUAGGACGGCUCAGAUGAUGCAGUUAGGCGUAGGUCUUCAUAAGGCAGGUAGUAUUGUCGGUUGUCGAAUCGUCUAUGUAAUCUUUCCUAUAUCAUAAUUGUAAGAUCAUAAUAAAUCAGCGUUAAAAAAAAAAAUAUAAAGCUGAAUUGUGUAAAUAAUAGAGGAAAUCUAUUUACAAAAAUGUUUUUAUAUAAAAAUAGAUUCCGUGAAUGACAACAUCAAUCUUAAAAUAUUUAGAAAAUCUUAGCCACGUUCAUUUUAUUGUUCAAUUUUUCUUAAGAAAAGGAAGCACAUCAAAACAUGGCUUAUUUAGGAAUGAUGAUACAUACAAGUAAUAUAUUAAUCACUCGUAUUCACAAAUAUUGAGAUCUGUUAACUUUGUGAUUCUUCCCCAUGCAAGAGAUUUUACACAUAACACAAGGUGAGACAAAAAAAAACAAAAUAAGAGAAUCCUAAGAUGGAUGUUGGGUGAAGCCUUAUAGCUAGGUCCAUGCAUAUUUAGCCGAAUUACUAAUAAAUUGUUCAUUAUGAGAGAUAACUCAAUUAGCCAAGCCAGAUUAUUAAAAGUAAAUUAGAAGUAUAAAAAGCAUAAGAUUAUGUAUAUUCGAUUUGUGCAAGACUUUAAAAGCACACUAACAUUAUCUUUUAAGCAAGCAUACGGUUUUUGGCGCAGAAACUAAGCAAAUUGCUUGUCUUAUAUACAAUAUAAGUUGGUAUAAUUAGUGCCUGAUUUUAGGCCGCUUGUCUCCAACUCUACCUGGCCAAGUAUAUGUAUAUAUGUUUGUGUGACAUAUGUGUGUUGCUCACAUGUGCUUGAGAGAGAUUAGUCUAGAGAUAUAGAAGAGUCGUGUUUUACAUAUAUAUAUAUGAUAUGCAUAUGAUAUACUAUACAUAUUGCCUUUAAUUAUGCUGUUUGGUGAUUCCAGUAUAAAAAAAUAUUCAUCAGACGAAUUAAACUAAUACAUAUGGUUGACUGAAACAUGUGAUAUAGCAUAUGCUGCAAAGGCGAAAAUAAAGAGUUUUUUUUCCUUCAACCUUCUUUUUUUUUUUAUCGAAAUCCUUCAACCUUCUUAACCAAUGAUUUUUAGCAUUCGAUUUUACAGUUGUAACUGUGUCUCCAGCCAACCAGUGGUAGUAGUCCAGUGGCGUUUGAUGGACUAAAAACCUAAUACGGCGAACCCUGGUUCGAAUCCCGCUGGCCACACGGAUAUGGACUAUUGCUUUCGGCUCAUUUGAAUAUCCAAGAAAGGGUCUAUCUGUGGGCUGUACCUUCACCCGGGGGUUAGGUCUGUGUCUUUAAUAGACCCGAGUUUAACCCUUUUUUAGUCAAAAAAAAACUGUGUCUCCAGCCAAGUUCCACUCUCGCUCAUAUGGUUACCCUUAUUUUAAUUUAGUGAAAAUAACUAAAUAAAAAAAUUUGAAUCCAAUUCAUGAAGUAAAUCCAUCUUGAAAAAAAUGAUGAUCUAAGAAAUUGAUAAUCUUAUUAUAUUCAAGAUAUUAUAAUAUAAGUUUUUUCUUUCGUAUAGCAUUUAAAAUGCGACUUAUUUGGAUUGAUAUUAUUGUAUGUCCUGUUUGAAAAAAAUAUCUAACUUACUUAUAAUUAAUAAACUAGAUUUUUUGAGCUAGUUUUUGUUUUUAUUUAUUUUUAUAUAAAUAUUUUGUUUUCAAUUCUAAAUUGGUAUAUAUUAUAAUAUAUAUGUGUCUAUCAAUUUUUAAAACAUAAUAAAUUUACUGUAUAUUUUUUUCAUUGAAUAUAUUGUUUCAGAGUUUCACAUGUAUUUGUAUCUUUUUCUAUAUAUAUAUUUUCGGAUUAUUAUUUCAUUAUUAAAAUCGUAACUAUAUAUAUAUAAGUUAGUAAAAUAUUGUUUUAUUGUCAUAUUCAAAUAUAUUGUAAUAUUUCACAAAUUUAGAAAGUUUUUAAAAAAUUAAACUUUUCGCUUCAUAGAUAAAAGAUAUUGUGGCUUCUGUUUUAAUAUAUAAGAUAAAAGUAAAAAUUCAUAAUUACAUAUAGUGGCGUUUUACAUUGUGAACAAUAAUAUAAGUCGCAUUAGAGUUAUCGCAAGCUGGAAUAGCUCUGUUGGUUAGAGCGUGUGGCUGUUAACCACAAGGUCGGAGGUUCGACCCCUCCUUCUAGCGCAGUUUUAUGUUUUUAUCUUCUUGACUUCUUGAAUCAAUCAAGUUUGCAAUCUCAUGAACGAAUUUGUAUGCAUUUCACUUUUCACAAAAGCCUGUCCUCUAACUGUUUGAAAAUUUCAAUUAAAAAGACGAAGAUCAUCAAGAGAAAUCUUCUCACGGUUAUGUUAUGUACAAGACCAAUCAUCUUUGUUUGCUCGUCGUGGAUUCUUGAACUGUGUCGGUGCUUCGUUCUUGGCCACAUUUGAGUUUUCGGGAUUACAUGCAGAGGAGAAGUAUGAUGCAGAGAAGGAAAGAGUUGUUGGUGCCAUGGAAUCGAUUCGUGAUUAUUUGAGCAAGUGGAGAGGGCAGAAGAGUGUAGCUGGAGAAGUAACAUUCUUCCUCUUUUGUUUUCAUGUUUUGACAGUUGAUGAAUGAAGCUGAAUGAUAUUUAUAGUAAUUCAUCUUUAUCAAAAUGCACCAUAUAGUUUGUGAUUUGAUCAAUUAAGCCCCCUUUAGUGAGGAAAUUGAUCUACUAACUACAGCGAAUUUCUAUGUUACAAACCCUUCUUGUGGAAAGAGGCAACCAGUUAUUGAAAAAUUGAAAUGUUCAUGAGCCAACGGAAUGUACAUAUGAAGCCCAAUAUUUUUGUUUAUACUGGGAAAAUAGGCUAUGGUUUGUGCUUAUGUGUUUUAACAAAAAUUCAAAUGUCCAUGGGCCGACGCAAUUGUUAUAUUUCUCAUUUUAUUGUUUUUCAUACCUGCUAUGUUUUAAACAUUAUAUACAUGAUAUGUUCGUCUCACAUUUAUAAAUCAAUCCCAACAAUUACCUUCUCCAAUAUAUCAAUGUAUUUGUGUUGACUACCUUUCCGAACGGGUAUGGAAGGAGGAACCAAUUAUAUGUAAUCACCUAUGUAUUGGCUAUAAGAAAAGGCAGAACACUUGAUUCAUCUCUAAUACAUUGUUUGAUCAGUCAAAGAUAUGUAAAAAUGUGAAAUGAUGCGAUAAAUAUCGAAUGUUUAACAAACGCCACUAACUCAGUGAAAGUAUCAUUGUUUCUUGUCACUUACAUCGAUUUCAAAAUUUGAAAUUAGAUAUUAGAACCCAACAGAAAGGAGAAGAUGAAAUCGACUUUGUAGGAAGUUUCGUAACAUAUGAAAGAAAUGUUUAGUGAGAAUGAGAAGAAGUAAGUAAGAGUCUUGAGGGGUCACGUGAGUUGUUGUUGACAUAAUGCGUCAGACCAACUUAACUAUAAUAUUUCCAAAAGUGGCUAAGUCAAUUAUUACUGUAAUAAUAAUGUCACCACUGUUCAAAAUCUAUAACUAAUUCACAUGAAUAGGUUAAUAGAUUGUAAUCAGAGCUGAUCGUACAUAGUUGAUUGUAUGUACGUUUAACAGAGGUGAAAUUGAAAUUUUCAAUUUCAGAGAACAGUCUAGUUUUUUCCUAUUUAUUGAUUAGUCAUAAUUUUAAAAUAGUCAACGUAAAUUUCAAAAUUACUAUCAAAAUAACAUUAGAUAAAUUAUCAUGUGAUUUUUUGGUUAAGUAAUCAUUGAGUUAACCGAAUAGAUCUCAACAUACAUUGUUUGAUUACUGAUGAAAUCGAGAUUUUAAAGAAAACAGUUCAUGAUUAAAAGGGUUGGUCAACUAUGCAUGCAAAUUUAUUUGAAUUAAAGGUUAUUUACAAUCGUCAUUAAAAGAUAACCAAACUAAAUAAGUACUACUACUUAAAUGCAAUAAGUGUGUUAUAAAUGAACAAACAAACAUAAUCAUGUGACUUUUCAUGCGAUUAAUAAUGAAAAGUUUGAAAUUAACUCGAAGUCGUCGCAUUGUAUAUUACUAAUAAAUACUUCCUCCUUCCAUGCAGAUAGUAUUUUAUAAUCAUCUCUUCCAAAAUAUGGGUAAAUACAAACAGAAGAGCCAUAAAAGUAAAAGGUCACUCAUGAGUCAUGAUAUAGUUAAAUAUGUACUUUAUUUAUUUAAGUAAGUAUGCUUUUAUUUUCAUCAAAGAUACAUUUUGAUAUCACAUUCAAUUAUUUGUUCACGGGCUUCAUCCUCUUUUCCUCCAGCUUUUCAUUUAUGUACAUGCCUCUGUUUUCUUAUUAAUUUCCAGGAUGAAGUUAUUAGUUUUGAUCAAAAGUAAGACUUCUAUUUAUCUUAUUUUCUGUUAAGAAAAAAUCGGACAUCUGUUUUUGAAAGAAUAAUACUCCCUCCGUCUCUUUAUAAUUGACGUUUUAGCAUUUUGAUUUUGUUUCAAAAUAUUAGACGUUUCCUAAAAUAUAGGCAAAUAAUCUUGUGUUAUGAUCUGUCGUAAUAAUGAGUUGUAUAUACAAAAUGUUAGAUUAGGCACUGUCUUAAUCUCCUAAAUUUGUGUGAAAAAUUGUUAAACGUCAUUUAAAAGAAAACAGAGGGAGUAUUUGAUUAAGAAAAUAUUUAGUUCAUAAAAACAAAGAUUUACCUAUUGUCUAGAAGAGAAAAAGAAACACGUUUUUGAUAAACGUUGCGGAUGUGAACAAUUUGGCAUUUUGCUAUUCGGGUGUGACACUAUUUUGUUGAAUUGAAUGAUCUCUAUCAUUAUGAUAAUCUUUUAUACUUAUUUUAUAGUUUUACAUCAUUUAUAUCAUAAUUCUUUUAAAAAAUAUAUAUAUUUCUUAUCAGAUUCGGUCGCUACGUAGUGGAUUGAGUAUCAUACUAACUAGUCCGGGUCCAUUUGCCAACAUUGCAUUCAUCACCCAAAGACUUGAAAUAGUUCUUCCUACAUGUAGCUUGAAUUUUUAUCCCUGGAAGAACAUAUUUAUUUUACCACAGAUGUUAGUCCAUGAUCUCACGAAAAAAUCAAAAAACAUGUUAACAUGUCUAAGUAUUUACCUUUUUGUCUACAAAUAUUAUUUCUGAAGUCUCACCAAACCUGGGAUUGGAUGGUUUCCAGGUAUGCACCAUUUUGGCGCUUGGAUAAGCCACACCGUUUUCUAUGGUUUAAUAUCAUCAAGGUAAACAGUUUUUUGCUUGGAAGACAUUAUUAUGAAAAAAAUAGAAAACAGCGUGUUUGCUUUGAGGCUAGAUGGCCAAUAUAUAUAGGAAACGUAAAGGGUGAGGGUUUAGGAUAUUCCUAUUCAAUUUAGUUAGAAAAUAUAGGCCGUUAGUUUAGGAAAAUAUCAUAGCUUGAGAAUCUAGGUUUUUCAAGUUAUGGAAAAUUAAAGAUUUGAAAAAAAGAUUAGCAACUACAAUAUUGAUAUGUUCAAGAUAUGGAACUAUAACGAUUGGUUGGGUAUCUAUAGUUUAGUAUUUUCGAUAUAGGUUUGGUUUAAAAUGUUGCGCCUUUUUUGGUUAUUGAUCUGGAAAAAAUAUUUGCAACUACAAUAUAUUGUACAGUUGUUAAUCCCGUUUAAUUCUCAAAAUUUGGAGAUUUAUUAUUCAUUUUUUUAA